GACUGUGUGUGUGCAUACUUUUUGUUUUGAUCAACGGCGAAUAUUAACCAAUUUUAACGGGAGUAUACAAUUGCAUUUAGAUAACAAUCAUUAGCAAGAAAAGACAAAUACGAUUUCAGUCAAUAAAAAAGGUUUGUGCUGACGACAAAAUAGAUAACAUACGUAUCCUGUAAAAGGGAUUUUCCAAUAAGAAGUGCGACGAACAAAGAAAAAAUUGAGAUUUAGGGAUUGAUUUUUUUAUUGGAGCAGAAAAUAUCCAAUCGUCAUUGUUUAUCCAGAGGACAGUAAAAGGACACAUACACAUAAAGAAAAUAGGCAAAAAGUGAACAACAAUAUGUCGGAACAGGAACAGAAUAAAAAACUGGGAGAGUUAACAGCGGAAGAGAUGAGAGCAAGAAGACUACGCACUUUGGCCAAAUCAACAAACAAUGCCACAUCUGCUGCGGAGGGCAGCAACGCCAUAGGCACCGCCGCUCUGCCUCUUCCCCCUAACAACAAAAAUACAGAAGUCUACAAGGCUACAAAUGUGUCCAAUUCUUCCCGCUUGGUUAAGGCUGCAGUCCAAUCGACUACAUCUGUGGUAAAUGACAAUCCAGAGAACAUCAUACCAAUAGAUCAAGAUGUUGAUGUUGAAAUGAAAUCAGUUAAUACAACGCCAACGAAAUCACAAACUUUGGUUCUACUCCCCUCUAAAGCGUCCGAUACAACAAAUGCGAUGCAAACUGACGAAGACAUUGCAGCUUCGAACAAAUCAAAAUGUAAAUUGUCUCUGAAAGGUAGGGAUGCUGGCGUUGAAAACAUGGAGACAACAGAGCAACCAUCCCCAGUUUGUACCCCUCUAAAGGACAUGGGACAUAGCAGUCCACUCGAUCUUCUCCCGAAAUCCACACAAUCUAUCGACGAACGUUUAGAACUGAUGGUUUCUAAGAUAUUGAAUGCCUCCUGGAAUGAAUAUUGUACAGGAUCCAUGAUUUGUCCACAGACGGCUAGUUUCCUAGAAAAGCAUGCGAGUCAACGUUUCAGUUUUGAAACGCUUAUACCAAAUGUCCUAAUGGAGUGUGUUCUAAGGCUGUACAACGAUGAAGAGUCUCUUGGUGAAGUCAACAGCGGGGUGGUAGGAAAUAAAGAUGAAGACAUGAAAGGCGAGGUGACUGGAAACAAGGGAGGUGCUGAGGCAAUCUUUAAAACCGAAAGCACUCCGACAUAUUCCACUCCUAAAAAAAUUAAAAGCGAUGAUUCUGAAGUUCAAGAAAUAUUGGCAAAUGCCAUCGAUGAUCAACCGUCGACAUCAAGGGGUUUGCAAAGUGGCAUUGUUAGUUCGGAAUUCAUAGGCACUUGUCCAACACCAUCUUCCAACAUUUUUGCUCCAAUGGCUUUGGCUAAACAUAAUGUUUUAUUACAUUUGAUCAAAUGUCACCGCAAUUAUCGCCAAGUCAGUGAAAAGUUCAACGCCAAUUUAUCACAAGAACAGCCCUCGGAUGGAGAAAAAAUCCAAAAUACAUUGAAAAUAACUGUAAAGCAAAUUUUUCGUACAACAGUUCUAGUGCUUACCGACCGCAUUUAUGAGAAUCUCAAUUUUGCGUUGGAUCAAUCGGCUCUCUUAGAGCUAUACUAUCAGGAGCGUGUCCCGGAAGAAUUCCUCUACGAACUAGUUUCCGAAUGUUUUGAACGAAAACAAGAAUUUGAGUUCAUUUUUAGUCAAAUUCUAAGGGGAUUAUUCAUGGGUAUGCAGCGUAACAUAUGUUCGCCCACAAUUAUAACACAUCACAUGGAUUUGCUGUCAAAGCUCAUGUCAAUAAAGGUUGGCACUGUGAGACCUUUAUGUGAUUUGCUGGCAAAUCAAAUGAAUUUCUUGCCACCGCUAUGCACACAAAUACCAGGAAGAGAAAUUGUCAAGUGUAGUUACUUGGGACCAUUUCUGUCGGUGUCCUUUUUCGCCGAAGAAAACGUUCGUUUUGCGGAAGCGCAUGGCAAGGGUGAUGCUUUGGCCGCCAGUUCGGGUAAAUUUCGAUGGCAAUUAUUUACAAUGCGCCAACUAAUGCAUUCAGUUUUCCAUUCCCUACUUGUGAAUGUCAAUACACGGCCAAAAACUCUUGAGUACAUUUCUCAAAUACUACGUCACAACGAACGGCGUGUCCAGUUUGCCAGUGAUGAGAAACUAUUGGCACGCGAUGGAUUUGCCAUAAAUCUCAUGUGCGUUUUACAGCAGUUGUCUGUGAAAAUAAAGCUAGAUCGUAUCGAUUCGCUAUAUCCGUUUUACAAAAAUUCACUAAUUUACAUAGAGCAAGAUACAAAGUUGCGUUUUACCGAAGAAGAGUAUAAACAGUUCCUGGAUCAGAAAAUUGUUAUUAACACGCAGACGCAAUCAGCAAAUUUUCAAACCCAGUGUUGGUUUUUGACGUUGCAAGCACAUCAUUUGGGUUUUAUGCCAGCCAUCCAGAGAUAUAGGCAGAAGUCGCGAGCCAUAAAGGAACUGCAAAAAUUAAUCGAUGAAAUUGAUCGCACUUCUUCCCAUUGGGAAGCUACACCGUUUGCUUCGCGCAAUAAACAAUUCAGAGACCGCUGGCAAAAGCAACUAAAAAAAUUAACUAGAUCGAAGCUGUGCAGCGAAGUUUGUCUCCUAGAUCCUAAACUCCUCAACGCCUGUUUAUUCUUUUACUCCACUGUGUGUGAGUACCUUUUAUACCAAAUGGAGGGGCGUCCCAUAGAGGGGCCGUUUAUAUCGAAAAUCCCUCCACAACAAUUAAAACCGACUGAUGCGUUUUCUGCACUGCCAGAAUGGUAUAUCGAUGAUAUAGCCGAGUUCAUUUUGUUUGCAAUGCAACACGCCCAAAAUGACAUUCGCAACGCUAUCGAUCACUCGAUCGUAACAUGGCUGCUGACUAGCGUUUGCGCCCCUCACAUGAUUAAAAAUCCCUAUGUCACUGCCAAACUGGUCGAAGUCCUAUUUGUUUUCUCCUUGGGUCCUGCAAAUAUUUUAAAUAUUUCGAUCUGGAACCAUGAAUUAGCUCAAACCGUUUUAUGUAGCUCAUUGAUGAAAUUCUAUGUGGAUAUAGAAACGACCGGUCAAAGUACGGAAUUUUAUGACAAAUUUACCAUAAGAUAUCACAUAAGCCACUUGUUCAAGUCAAUGUGGGAAAGUCCCGUGCAUCGCCAAGUAAUGAUAAACGAAUCCAAUAAUGGCAAACAAUUUGUUAAAUUCAUCAACAUGCUAAUGAAUGAUACGACAUUCCUGUUGGAUGAGUGUUUGGAAAAUCUCAAGCGUAUACAUCAAACACAGAUGAUGAUGGCAAAUGAUUCAUCUUGGUCUGAACUUGGCUCCGAACAACAACAAGCUCGUCUUUCACAACUGGCCACGGAUGAGAGGCAGUGCCGUUCCUAUCUGACUUUGGCAAGAGAGACUGUUGAAAUGUUCCAUUAUUUAACUGAUGACAUAAAAGAACCAUUUAUGCGUGACGAACUGGUUGACCGUUUAAGUUCAAUGUUGAAUUUCAAUCUUCAUCAACUGUGCGGCCCAAAGUGUAAUGAUUUAAAAGUUCGCAACCCGAUCAAAUAUGGAUGGGAGCCACGACGUUUAUUAGGGCAGAUAUUUGAUAUAUAUUUGCAUCUUGACUGUGAUAGAUUUGCGCAAGCUUUAGCGGCUGACGAGAGGUCUUUCCAAAAACAUUUAUUCGAUGAUGCUGCCAAUCGUAUAGAACGUUUAAGCAUACGUUCAGGUAUUGAGGUCGAAAAAUUUAGAUCUUUAAUAACAAAGGCACACGAUAUAUACGUGGCCAACCAACAGUCUGAGGAUGAGUGCGCUGAUGCGCCAGAUGAAUUUAAGGAUCCCUUAAUGGAUACUCUGAUGUCCGAUCCAGUCGUUCUACCAUCUGGCACCAUAAUGGAUCGUGCCAUCAUAACACGGCACUUGUUGAAUAGCAACACAGAUCCCUUUAAUCGUCAGCAUCUAACAGAAGAUAUGCUUAUUCCAAAUAUUGAGUUGAAGGAACGCAUCGAUGCUUGGCGCAAAGAACAACGCUACAAACGGCAGCAACAGGGAAAUCUUGAUUUGAAUGACAAGAGCUCGUAAAUACUAGAGCACACGCCAAAGUGCGUAGCUGUCCUUAUGUCUUUAAGAUUGAGCAUUGAAAUCUUGUGGACUUUAACAGAAUUCAAACAUUUUUAUACAUAAACACUUAGUUCAUAAUUCAAUAUAGUUGUACUUCUUAAACAUACAAUAUUAAUUAUAGUGGUCAUAAAUGACGCUCUUAUUAAGGUUUUCUUAAUUGUGAAUUUGUGUAUUAGUUUUGAAUGAUUGAAUAAUAUGAUGAUUGAUCGGCUUGGAAUAGACGGCCGCGCAAGCA